AUGGCUUCAAGCACAGGUCCGCCAUUCUUUCCCUUGUGCGGGCUGCCGGGACCAGGAGGACUCGUUCCAGCACCUGUUGCCAGCAUGCCCUCGCUGGCUGGAGUUCCACCAGGAGAGGCUUUCGGGCUGCCAUCUAUUCCAGCUGCUACAGAGGUGCUGCAGUACCAGUACCUCCAACAUGCUCUUCCUGCGUCUCUGCCGCAGCCCUUCCCUGUGCAGCCUCAUCAGGAAGAGGCGGAUCAAAAGGACGUCAAGCAAAGCAUCAAGGAGUUGCAAGCUCGCUUCAAGUUGGAUGAUCGCAUCGUUAGGGACUUGGCUGGCCAGAUGAUGAAGAGACGGGACACCUCGCAAGAAGACAUGCAAGCGAUCUGGGAAAUCCUCGCUGGUGCAAGGAAUCCAGCUGGUUUGCUGCGUGUGAAAAUCCGAGAGAUGGAGGAUGGGAAAUUCCGCGGCACGCUGACCCCGGACAAAGACGUCGAGGAGCUUGCCAAGAAGUUCAACCUGGAUACGCAGGCUGCCGCAAAGCUGGCAGAAGUGCUUUCCAGAAGAGAUGACCGCAAGAAGGAUCUCAGGCAGAUACAGAAGCAUCUCCAGCUUUCAAAUAGACCGUCGUCCCUAGUCAUGCUGAUGCUGAAGGACAUGCGGAAUGGCCUCCCGAUCAGAGAUCCGGAGUAUCCUCCAGCAGUGGGCAGUUUGGCUCACAAGCGCGGCUUGAAGGGACACAGGAGCCGCAGUCGAAACAAGCGGCGGACGUCGAGCAGCAGCAGCCCACCUCUUCGCAGUCCAGUGAAAUCCAGUGGUGCAGGACCGGACCCAAAGAAGGUUGCUUCAGCACGCGGCCCUCGACCACAGACAUUGCUUGAGCGGUUCGGAUGA